AUGUCGAGGCCACACUACCCCCCCCAUAGGGGACGGCUUCCCGCGGGUCCAGCGCCUCACCAAGGUUUCCUGGUGCAGGUGUCUGGUUCGGCCGUCUCUACAGAUGUCGGAUUUCUGGUCCCAUCUGUCCACGAUGGCAUGUACUCUCACCACCCGCACUUUGUCCAGGGGCAUUCUCCGACACAUCUUUCGCCGCACCCUCCUGCCAGUCUCCCUCCAGAAAACGUCAGUUUCCUUCCUUCUCAAACUGGCGGGGUGUACGUCCCGCCGCUCGCGGGUGAGUUGGCCCGCACACCUCACCGUCUCCCCCCUCCUGGCGAAGGCGCCCGGCCCCUCGACCGAGAACGCAGUUACCCUCCAGAAAAGAGUGCCCGUCCAAGUGACCAAGGCAGACUUCUGCCUCCCCAUGUGGCGGCGCUUCCCCCAGCUCACCGGCCGUCUCACCCGUUCCCACCAGGGCUCCUGCCUUUCCGUUCCUCUUCAGGCUGGGAAGGGGUCGACGCCCCGGUGCCUGAGCGCAGGGCGCAGAAACGCAGCAACUCUCCGGUCGCCCCUUCGGCGUCCUCGCAUCGUCACACUGCAGGUGAGAACGCGGACUGGAACUCGUCUCGGUCGACAGCGACGCAGCGGCUCCAACGUUCUCUCUCCUCUUCUCGAGGCUGCGAACUGCCUGACAGAAGAGACCGAGAACGCGAAGGCUCUCCGCGUCGGUUGCCCGGCUCGGCGGACCCGAGUCUUGGCAGGGAAGAGAGCUACCACAUAACGGACGCUGCGCGGGAGACCUCGCUCGACCGGGAAAGACGUGGCGUCAGCCACAUAGAAGGCCCGCCCCGAAGGGCGCGAGGCUUCGCUGAGGAAGCGCGGAGCCGAGAGGGCCGUGGCGAGUCCUCUCUUUCGCGAGAGCGACCGGACGAGGGCAGAAGUCAAGCACAUUCCCGGGGCGGGAUGCUGGCGUACGGGGAGUCGCAUGCAUUUCAUGGGAGAGAAGACGAUCGGUAUCAGUCGUCUGCCAGCCUUCCCUCGUCUGCGCAGCGGGGCCAGGACGCCCCGAGAGGCCGCCCUGCGAACGCUGCUGCGACUGCGAGUUUCCCGCGCCCUGCCUUCCCACCCAAUCACAAUCGCGCGCCGGCAGCUGUGCACCCGCCUGUGUCCGAGCCGGCAUCGGCUCUCCCCCCGUCGUCACCCCCUGCGUCGUCUCUGCCUCAGUCAGCGCCGAACGCAUCGAGCCGUUACGGUGUACGUCCACCAGACCACGCGGGCGCUCCGCCUCCGUCUCCACUCCCACCGGCGUUUCGUGCAUCUGCGUCUUCUCUCCCCGCGCAUGCCUCCGCGGGCGUCCCGCCUGGCUCUGACGCAGCCGCAGUGGCGGAGAGAGUGAGGCAGGAAGGACAGCCCGGGCACCCACGGCGGAGCGGAGACAGGUGUGCGGCCGUCGGCGGGAGACCGCAGAGAGAGGCGAGCGGCAGUGUCGCUUCGCAGCAAAGCACAGCGGACGAACCUGGGUACAGAUCCUCCACGCUCCAAGGGCGGCGGCUGCCGUCACCCCCGCGGGGAACUAAACAAGCUCGGAUUCCAGCGUCCGCCGAACCUCCGCAUUCUCACUCGCGCUUUCCUUCCGCCGAUCGGGAGAGUCGAUCCAGAUCGGGAAAUCAGCGAAGACCGGCGCGAGAGGAGGACAGGAGUCACCGGCCCUACCGUGGAGGCGAAGGCCGAGGAGAAGGAAUGCAGAGAGUGGCUGAAGUGGGACGAGGGAGACAGGAGGAGGCAGGCGCUCUGCAGGAGCGCCGCCCGUCGCUCUCGCGUGCAACGUGGCAGUCUCGUGACCAGGAAAACAAAAACGCCUCCGUUUCGUAUCCUCCCGCCGCAGCGCGCCAAUCGUACCGACCAGAUGGGCCGAGAGUGUCCGGUUGCACGAGAGAUGAGGGCAGCUCUGCUCCAGCGCUGUCUGUCCCCACGGUCGGGCCGGCUGUCUCCUCGUCUCCCGCCGCUCUUUCGAGUUCCUUCCCUGCGAAGAAGCUCCGAACUGCUCUUUUCUUUCCUCCUCUCCUUUCCUCGCCCCUGGACUACCUGCAAGCGAGUGCAAACUGCGGCGUCUCCUCCCCCCACGAGGUACCUUUUCUCGCGGGCACGUCGCCGUGUUCGGCCCCCACGCCGCUUCGCAGUCUGCGACCCGAGCAGCACAAGCUGUCUCUGACGUUCAUGCUCUUGCGGCCUCUCCCAGAUCCGCUGUCGCACACCCUCGAGCAGCACAGGGCGCACUACAUGGUGGCGGACGCCUCGGCGUCUGCCGUCCUGGUUCUGCCCCUGACGUUUCUGAGGCGGGAGUGCGCAGGCGAGCCGGACGGCGCAGCCGCGAGCGGUGGCGAGGCGGCGGGUGAGCGAGACAAGGCCGACUCCGCGGUCUCCGAUGAAGAAAAAGAGGGCCUCAUCCGCGCGGUCAAAGGGAAGCUCCAGCCCGGAGAUGUCAUCCACAUGACCGGCGCGCUCACGAGCUGGUCAGCGAAAGGCGAAAUGGUGAUUACUGUUCCAGUGCGUAAAGGCUACCGAGCUGGACGGCAAGGACGCCAAGAAGGCGAUGACAGCUACGUCACGGAAGGAUCCUUGAAGGUUGUGGGACGGUUUUCCUUCCCUUUCGUCACAGAGCCUGAUAUGAGCUGUAUGUUCACUGCCGUUGCUCCCCAGAAAGGGGAGCGUUGGGCACGAGGAGGCGGCCAGAUGGCUCCAGAGUUCGCUGCUUUAGCACUCAAGGGGAAGGAGAAAGAAGAAUUGAGCCGCGAAAUCGGUUUGGCAGCGGUGGGUGCCUCCAUUCCGUGCGAAAGUCUCAGUUUUCCCGUUGUAGAUCCGUUAGCCUGUCUCGGCCCGCCCCCGCCUUUUUUUGUGCUUCUCUCUCGAUAG